CCUUUUGCCUCCUACUCUCCUGCUCCUUCCCGUCCGCACCUCUUUGGGGCUGGGGCCGCUUUCUUCCCUAUGCAGCUCGGGGGGGCGGGGCUAACAACGACUCCGCCUGGCAGCACCUGGCGCAGGUGAGCAAGCGCCGGAGCAAAGCGGGGCCGCAGCCCAGGUGAACGAGCGCCAGAGCGGUUACAUUUUUGUCUUGAAAGCUGUCAUUUGUAGCAGGGAUUGGAACGGAUGAUGAUCAUGUAAUCUGUGUAUACUAGAGAUUAGUUCAGUGGGUCAAGCUUCUUGCAAUCAUAAGAUAAUGGCUUUACAUCCGCGCAGAGUUCGAUUGAAACCCUGGCUAGUUGCUCAGGUAGACAGUGGUAUGUAUCCAGGUCUUCUUUGGCUUAACAGGGAUGCAAAGCGAUUUCAGAUCCCUUGGAAGCAUGCAACUCGGCACAGUCCUCAGCAUGAAGAGGAGAACACCAUAUUUAAGGCCUGGGCAGUGGAAACGGGAAAAUAUCAGGAAGGAGUUGAUGAUCCUGACCCUGCCAAAUGGAAAGCUCAGCUCCGCUGUGCUCUCAACAAAAGCCGGGAAUUCAACCUAAUGUAUGAUGGCACCAAAGAGGUGCCGAUGAAUCCUAUUAAAAUUUAUGAAGUGUGUGACAUCCCACAAUCCCAGGGAACAAUAAUUAAUCCAGGUUCUACUGGUUCAGGUCCGUGGGAUGAGAAAGACAAUGAUGUUGAUGAUGAAGAUGAGGAUGAACUAAACCAGUCUCACAAUGUACCUAUUCAGGAUACUUUUCCAUUUCUUAAUAUCAAUGAUUCCCCAAUGGCACCCGCUAGCGUGGAGACCUGCAGCCCUGAAGCUGUAUGGCCAAAGAAUGAACCUCAAGAUAUAGAGAUGCCUAUGCCUCCACCAAUUCUGCAGCAUGAUAUGUUCAGCUCUCCUGAGCUUUGGAUUAGCUCUCUUCCAAUGACAGAUCUUGAAAUCAAGUUUGAGUAUCGAGGCAAAGAGUUUGGGCAGACAGCGACCGUGAGCAACCCUCAGGGCUGCAGACUUUUCUAUGGAGAACUGGGUCCAAUGCCAGAUCAAGAAGAACUCUUUGGUCCUAUUAAUUUGGAGCAAGUAAAGUUUCCAGGACCAGAACAAAUCACAAAUGAAAAGCAAAAGCUCUUCACAACCCGUCUGCUUGAUGUCAUGGACAGAGGGCUGAUCCUGGAAGUCAGUGGUCAUGCUAUUUAUGCUAUCAGGCUUUGCCAGUGCAAAGUGUAUUGGUCUGGACCAUGUGCACCUUCCUCCACCACACCAAACUUGAUUGAAAGACAAAAGAAAGUCAAGCUCUUCUGUUUAGAAACAUUCCUAAGUGAACUGAUUGCCCAUCAGAAAGGACAGAUGGGUAAACAACCACCAUUUGAGAUCUACUUUUGUUUUGGGGAAGAAUGGCCGGAUGGAAAAUCUAAAGAGAGAAAACUUAUUGUUGUUCAGGUAAUUCCAGUUGUAGCUCGGAUGAUCUAUGAGAUGUUCUCUGGUGACUUCACCCGCUCCUUUGACAGUGGCAGUGUAAGGCUUCAGAUUUCUACCCCUGACAUCAAGGACAACAUUGUUGCUCAGCUGAAGCAACUCUACCGUCUGUUGCAGAAUCAUCAAGAAGGCUGGCCAAUCCAGCCACCAAGCAUUCAGAUGACCCCACCUCUCACAGCACAGUGAUGACCAAGUCUUGCCUAAAUGACGAAUUAGUAAAAGUAAAUGGAUUUAUAAAUCGUGUGUUUUUUUCAAUUAAUUUUUAAAGUAUUUUGAGUAAGUGCAACUUAAACAAGAAUCAGUUAUGUAUAAUGUAAUCUGUUUUAAAUGUAUACUUUGCAAAAAUUGCUCUGGAAUACUGCAUGUAGACAAGAACAUUUGUCCUUUCCCCCUUCAAUUAAUGUAAAUAUAUCAAAAGAUUUUUAAUUUGUGCCUUGCUUACAUGUAAUACACAGUAUUCUCCUUGAAUGUGAUCAGAGUUCAGGUGUUCUUUCUCCUUUAACUUUAUCCCUAGUUUUUUUCUUACCCACUGGUUUGAUAAUACAGUCAAAUUUAUUACAUAUAUUGCAUGUUUCUAUAUACUUAGAUUUUUUUAAAAAAAAUCUAGUGCUUUUGGCACAUAUGUGAAAUAUUUAACUAAUGCAAAGUAUUUUUUAGUGGCCAUAACUGUGUCAGUAUUCUAACCCGACAAUAAAAAUUGCUUGGCCAAGUACUGAUCUGAGACUGAGUAGUACUCUGGAUUUUCCUUGAGUAAACCACUGCUAUUUGAUAGCAUCUCCUGUCUUUGUACGGAUGAAUAGUGUGACGUUAUGUUUAAGUCUGAAACUGCAUAGUUUUUAUUAAAGUGACAAUUAGUUGAGCUGUUCAGAUGAUACUAAAUUAAGUGGAAAUCAAACAAUUCCCUUUAUUGCCCCAUGUUGAAUGCCAUAGCUCAAUACAUCAACUGGUUAUUGUAUAAUGUGGAAAAUGAUCAGCUACAAUCAAUGGUUUCCAGCCUGAUAAGUUAUGAUGAGAGAGAAAGAACAUAAGUGACAUUUUCUGUUGGUCUAGUCCCUGGUCUUCAGACAGAUUCAAACAUCAGCUACACUCUGGUGUGUGUUACUAUGCCAGGUUGCCAGAAGAUAGGAAAGGGAACCAAAGCCCCCUCUGCUUGCUCUGUGCAGGAACUGUUUUAUACAGAUAUAAGCAGAUUGUGAACCCAGGAAAUUUGAAUAUUGUUAGAGAUGUAAUCCAGCUAGCUGUAAGUAUGACUGUGCUUUGAAUGCUAAGCCACAGCUUUGUUCUGUACUGGUUAAGGGAAGCAUUCUUGCAUGUUUGCAUCUUAUGCUGGAAAAUACAUUUGAAUGUAUCACCAUAAACUUUCUGUUAAUCUAUAA